AUGAAAGUUUUAAAACAUUCGCGGAGUUUUGCUCUUCCUUCUGUUAAAUGUAAACCGGAGCAAGAAGAUUUCCCAUUUAGUGAUGGUAAAUUUGGGGUUCCUGAAGUGAUGACCGAUGGUCUGUCAUCUGUAAAGAAUGCCUUGGAAGUAUCUCACCCAUUAAUGCAGUCAGAAUUAAACCAUAGGAAAAAUGUAGACAAGAUGAACAUGACUAUUCUGCGCAAUACACAAGGAUUGCAUGCACCCCUUCGGCUUGCUAUGGAAGUAAAAGCAGUUAAUAAAGUUGGUCGUCUACCAUUUUUGCCAUCAUCAAAUGUCAUGUUUGAAUCCUUAACUGGUCGAGAUAUAGAAAUAGACCCUGUUGAUGUCUUCAAUAUACCUGAAUCAAUAGAAGUUGCAGGAAUGCCACAUGCUGUUGUAGAACGUUCUUUGGGUUUAUUGUAG